GAAAAGGCAGGAAAAACAGGCCUCAAAAUCUACAAACCUUUUUCUUCUUCUUCUCUCCAUUUUCUUCUUCUUCUUCUCUCCAUUUUCUGUGAAGAAGAAGAAAAGGAGAAGAGAGAAGAGGAAGGGCGUGUACAUAUAUCAAUUUGUUUAUUUUGCUGAGAAGGUUCAACUCUUCAAGAAGCUCACCCUGCGCAGAGUAGCAUAACAUGGCGACCAGGAUUAACAUGAACUGUGAGAACGCCUCACAUCCACCGGGCCCGUCGCAGAACCACCACCUUCACCAUACCCAGCAGCGGCGCCACCACCAAGACGACUUCUACCACUAUCCCAGCUCCUCUUCCUCGGCCGCCUCCUUCAAGGGCUGCUGUUGCUGCCUCUUCUUGCUCAUGACCUUCCUAGCUCUCCUCGUCCUCGCCGUGGUCCUUAUAAUCAUCCUCGCGGUGAAACCCAAGAAGCCCCAGUUCAACCUCGAGCAGGUAGCCGUCCAGUACGUGGGCGUCACGGCCGGCCCGUCGCCGACAACGACGGGGGCGUCGCUGUCGCUUAGCAUAAGAAUGCUGUUCACGGCGGUGAACCCGAACAAGGUGAGUAUCAAGUACAGCGAGUCGAGGUUCUACGUGAUGUACCGAGGGGUUCCGCUCGGCUUGGCGGCGGUGCCGGGAUUUUAUCAGCCGGCACACAGUGUCAGGCAAGUGGAGACCACCGUUGGUGUGGACAGAGUCUACUUGACUGAGGGAGACGCCGCUGAUUUGGUUAAAGAUGCUUCUCUCAAUGAUCGCGUGGAGCUCAGGAUUACUGGUGAUGUUGGGGCGAAGAUCCGAAUUUUAGAUUUCAAUUCUCCCAGGGUUCAGGUUGCUGUGGAUUGUGCAAUAGUGAUAAGUCCAAGGAAACAGUCACUGACAUACAAGCAAUGUGGAGUGGAUAGCGUGAGCGUCUGAAAGGGAACUCUUGUUCUCCUUCUCUUUUAUAUAUCUCUCUGUAGUGUCCCCUUUUAUUUAACUGGGAAAUCCUGAAUCUUUACAACCUGAACUCACUCUCCAGACAAGGAAUUUGGUUUAUUUUGGAGAGGGAGGAGACCCCAUUGAGAGAAGAUGGAGAAAGAGAAAGAAAAACCCUUACCCAAUUGCACUCACUCCUCUGUAUGGAAAAAUUUUGUUUACAUUCAAAUGCCAAUUUUCAUUGUUUUGAUUGUGAAUGGAGAGAAUUGAGUAGAGCAGAGCUUAUUACUUUCUAUCCUGGUAUGUACUAUUGCUGUGGUAGCCAAGAGUUGAUUCUAAUUCAUUCCUUUCCAUUACUGGAUCUAUAUUGAACACUGUUUCUUUAAAGGGAAUGAGAUCAGUCUGCAUAAAAUAAUAAUUAAUGUCUGGAGAUAACA